AUUAUACUGGUAUGACAGGAACAUCGCCAGGAAACUCUCCAAGGAUGUCUNCCAGUUCGGCGGGUUCUCCAAACGCGGAAGCAGAAAUCUCUCUGGGAGCAUCGCCGUUCGUGGAACGCGAAGUCGAAAUUCAGGAAAUUGUGGCGGAAAGAUCUGCUUUGAGAGACCUCUGCCCGAGGCUAAAACCAGAACUUGUGGAUAUUUGCACAGGACCUGAUUCACGUCUUCCCCUGAGUCCCGUGUCAAACAGGAGCCAGUCAAAAACAUCGAAUAUCCCGAGCAGGUCGGAAAGGUCUUCGAAAACAUUCAAAAGGCGACUUGAGGAUGAGAUGGACAAGCGAGAAAUUUGCGCGGGUCCUGAUACCCCGCUGCCAUCUGUGCCAAUGUCGAUUCGCAGUGGACCCCGAACCUCCAGCUGCAAGGCUCUCAGCCCUGGCUCGGAAAGAAGUCCGAGGAGAUCCUCCAGAUCCUCUGAUCUCCUUCCGGUUUCACCUGGCAUUAAAAAAAACAACAGCUAUCAGUCUUCCGGGAGAGCCAGUGAUGUUGCAGAAGAAUCCAUGAUGUCUGAAGACGAAAAGGAGAUGACAACCAGGCGUACAUCCGAAGACGUCAAGGAAGUGGUAACGAUGAACUCAUCUUCCGAACGUGAUUCUUCCAUUUGCAAAAGGUCGAAGAGAACGUCGAAAAACAGAUCGUCGAAAUCCGUGCGAUCAAUCAAGCUGACCCAGAAAAUAAUGACGACGAAAUGCCCCAAGAAUAAACGCGAAGCCCCGAAAAGCCUCAGCAAGAAUGACGCCGAAGUCCAGUAUUCCAUCAAACCUAGCCCAAAAAUAAGCCGGUCGUCACUCGUUCGUGACUGUGGUGUCCAGUAUUCCCGAACUGGAAGCCCUAAAAUAAGGAACGACGUCAAAUGCGCCCCAGUCGUGCAGCAAACCAACAGCAGGAUCGGCAUUAAUUGCAGCAUCACGCCGAAGCGAGGGAAUAAGCCGAAAAUCUCGACAGAGAACAAUACAAUUCAGAAAGUGCGAAUCUCGACGGCUGUCGAGGCGUCGGAAACGCCGAAAGUAAUGAGCGCGAAAAUGUCGUCUCCGAUGCCGAUCGAAUCUCCAGUCAAGAAGGAAAUGCUGUCGAGAAAGACGUCACCGAUGCCGAUCGCAUCUCCAGUCUUGAAGGAAAUGCUCUCGAGAAAGACGUCACCGGUUCCGACCCAGCCUCCGACCCCGAUUGACCAGGAAUCUGAAGAGGUCCAGGUCAACGAAGACGACUUCGAAACCGACACUUCGGUUGAAUCGGAGAAGGUGUCGAUCCAACCCUCGAGUCCUGAAGAUGUUGUCGCCUUUGAAACAAAGAAG